ACAUCAAACCUCAUCCAAAACAAUCCGGCUCACAACCCCCACGUUUUACUUCAUUUUCCAUUAUCACACCCACCCACGUAGACAACGCGAACAUGGCGAUGGCAAUACCCAGGCCGCCGGCAACCAUGUCCUCCACGACGGCCUCUUCAAGUUCCAAUCGGAAGCCACCGUUUUCAUCAUCCGCCACCAUCUCCAUCAAAUCCCAUCGGAGCCCGGGAGUUUCAAGAAGAGAUUUGUUGAGCGCGGGGCUGAGUUUCGUGCCUCUGCUCACCAUUCCAACAAAACCCAAGGAAGUUGAAGUUGGAUCUUACCUCCCUUCUUUUCUCGUCUACAAAGCUAAACCCACCAUUCACACUGCUUCCGUUGAUUUCAGGAAAUGUACAGCCAUACACAUUUAUUCUUCCUCCUACAUGGAAACAUCCUCGUACGGAAAACAUAUCUUAUGGGAACUACUGCCAACCAAAGUGUGCAGAGUCCAGAUGAAGUCCUCAAAACAUCCAUUUAGAAGUGUGGUGAUCUAAUGUACUGCAGGUUUGCUCUUAAAGCUCGUUAUGAAUUUACUGGGUCCCAAAACCUUGUGGAAGCAACAGCAGUUGGAGAUACAGUGCCAAUAAAAAACAUUGGAAUUCAUCCACUAGAAGAUUUGGAACCAAUCCUUGAUUUCUUUCAUGGGAAAAGUCUGUGUAUCUUCCAUUUUUGUUCAUUCUGUAGUUGUAUUCCAUAUUUCCAUCUAGGUGUGAGUCUGGCCAGAGUUCCGAAACUUGACCUAGACUGGGCAGGUAAAAAAACUCAACUGGAACCCGGUUUUUGGUUCCAGAUCUGAACCAGUAUGGUACAAGUUCAAACUGGGUCCAUUUUUUUCAAAACCGGAUCAGUUUCGGUUCUUUCUUUGGAAAAUUUGCUGAAGAACUGGACCUCAUGCAUAACUGACCCUAGAACCACAGCCUGAUAUACUUGGAUACUUUUAUGGCUAGGUGUACUUUUGGACAUAUAAUCAGCUUGACUGGGACCAGAUGGUGUCGCCCUUAAUUCCAGUUUACAUAAUACUGCGUACUUACCAUCAAUUGGUCAAACAGCUACUUCUUUCAUAGUUUAUAUUGUUUAAUAUUCUUCUAUAAGUAAAUAGCAUUGAUGCUUUAUUCAAUGUAAAUCUGGAUGUAGUUUGUAAAUAUGUAUAGUUUAAUUUUAUAAGUUUUGGUGUGCUUGAGUACUACGGGGUUACUAUAAUGUAAAAUAUAUCUCGUGACA